AUGAGCUCUCUCCGUUUCGCUCGCUCUGCCUUCAGGGCUCGUCCCUCUGCCCUCCGCGUUCCUCUCCAACGCAGAGGUUACGCCGAGGCCGUGUCGGACAAGAUCAAGCUUUCCCUGGCCCUCCCUCACCAGACUAUCUUCAAGUCGACCGGCGUUGUCCAGGUCAACAUCCCCGCCGAGUCUGGAGACAUGGGUGUCCUCGCCAACCACGUUCCCUCUAUCGAGCAGCUCAGGCCUGGUCUCGUUGAGGUCGUUGAGGAGGGCGGUGCCAGCAAGAAAUUCUUCCUGUCUGGCGGAUUCGCUGUCGUUCAGCCUGACUCUCAGCUGAGCAUUAACGCCGUUGAAGGGUUCCCUCUGGAGGAAUUCAGUGCGGACAAUGUCAGAGCUCAGAUCGCUGAGGCCCAGAAGAUUGCCAGCGGCAGUGGCAGCGAGCAGGAUAUUGCUGAAGCCAAGAUUGAGCUGGAGGUGUUGGAGAGCCUGCAGGCUGUCCUUAAAUAG